AUAGAACAAUAUAUCAAUGAAUGUACUUUGAAGGAUAACUAUACGCCAAAAAUGUAUGAUAUACGGUCUUCAUAUAUGAAUUUACUUUUUUAUGUCGGUGUUUUGCUGAUGAUUGUCGAGCGUGCAAGUAGCUACAACGAUCAACAAUGCCAAACACCAACAGGCCACAACGCUCCUGAGAUAUCUAUCUCAUCGGAUGACGAAUGUGAUGAGAAUGAUAAAUCUUGCAAAACAUUUUAUUUUAAUUCCGAUCACCUCGAUGAGUUGGAGCGAAAUGUUGCAAAAUACAUUGAACGUCAACUUGAGCACAUUCAAUCUAUGACAGCAAUGCCAAAGCAUUUGUCCAGCACGGGUACUGACACACCAAUGUCUAGUACCGGUACUCACACAACGUCUGAUCAAGUGACGACUUCGACUCAAAGUACCGUCGCCACAAUACCACAUACAGAGACUACUGUACCAAAAGUAUUGCAGAGAACGAAAUACGAAUUCCCCAACAACGAUAACAUACACGACUACGUGGUUUUGAAGUCAUCUUUGCCAGAUCUUUCCACAGUAUCGAUAUGCGCUCGCGUGGCCCCAAUAGUGCACCUGGACGGAUCACUAUUUAGCUACCACACGACUUUGGAAGGAGCCAACACCAUUUAUAUAAAAUUUCAAAACCAUGGUAUAUGGCUGUUUAUGGCACAUGAGGCGGGGAUAAAAUUCCACAUUGCACCGGUUGAUAAAACUCAUUUGUGUUUGAUAAUAUCAAAGCAGGAAUCAUACGUCAAAUUAUACGUAAACGGAGUAGUGGGAGAAACUACAGAAUUGGACUCUAGCCAAGACAUACCAGGAAAUGGAACAAUCGUCAUUGGCCAAGAUCAGGAUUCUAGAGCGGGAGGUUUUGAUAGUCCACCAGCUUUUACUGGAGUCAUCGAAAACCUUCGAGUUUGGGGUCGAAUCCUGAGUGCUGACGAAAUCAGUAAUUUGAAUGAGAACGAUUGUUCCUGUAAAAAUGAUUAUGUCAUAUCUAUGCAUGAAGAUGACGUAAUUGUGAAAGGUGAUGUAAAGGCGACUUACGAACGAUGUCCAUAGCUAUUGUUAGCGUUGUUGUGUGUUAUUAAAUUCGUUGCCUUUGUUAAAACAAUUCUGCCAGUUCUCUUCUGUAACUGGUUCUCUCGCUAAUUCCGUAUUAGAAUUUUACACUGACACCUUGCUAUUGUAUGAUCCGUACUAUAAUAUCAUUAUCCAAUUUUUUAGAUUCUUUUUUUUCUAUAUAUAUAUUGCUAUCAGCUACCGAAAUUUAUGACUCGCGAUUAUCAAUAAGGUAUGUGACCCAAGGGACUACUACAAAUAUGGCCUCUAUGUUACUGAUUAUUCGCCGAGUCACCACGAUAUAAUACUGUGACACUGUUGUUGUUAUUGUAAGACACCAACGUAGCGUCUAUUUCCAUUUUAAAAGAUGGAACGUAUUUCAAUAAUUUGUCAAGUAUAUAGUUGCGAUUUUAACUUUUGAGAAUCACAAACGCACUUAGCCAGAUGCUUUUUCAACGAAUCACCGCUUAAGGAUCACAAGCAGACUUUUGCCUGGAUCAGUACUUAUUCUUACCAAUUGCAUUUAUGCUAUGCUGACAGAAUUACAAUGGAACUCUUGUAUAGUACUUGCAUAGAGCUAGUUUCUGCUCUCGCUGUUUUAAUUUUGACCAAUCUCAAAUUCCUAACUCUGAGUUCGGUGGCUUCCAACCUUAUAUGGCUCGUCGCCCCUUCAGGAGGGUUUUAGCAUUCAUGGCCCCCUGUUUAUCACUCUAGUGAUAUUUAUAUUGCUAUUUUGAUUGGCAGAUUCGAAAUCCCAUUAUGUUCAAACAAUUCAUGCUUGACAAAGUAAAGCAUGUCAAGCAAGCAAUCAAAGCAAUGAAACUAGAGAGAACGGGGAGUUUUCAUGAAAGGGAAAAGUAAAAUCAGUUUUGCG